CAAUCCAUCCAUGCAUGUGUGAUGACGUCAUAAAAGGGGCGGCUCUGACCGGAAGUGCAAAGUCUCGCUUCGUCUCCUAAACGCAACAAACAUCUUUUCGCCUUCAAUUCUUUUCAUUUCCACCGAUUUCAGUCUGCAGGAACUCAUCGUAAAAGGCAGGAUGUCUUUGACCAUGACACGAUCUGAUGGGGUCACCGUCAUGACGCUGACCUCCGACCCCAAGAGUCGUUGGCCUCCACUCUGCCAGAUCCUGUGCGGGCUGUGCUACAGCCCCUUCUGCUGCUCAGUGUCCCAGCACCUCAGGGCGGCCAUGGGGACGUCCCAGUCCACACUCGGGGCGCUUCAUAUAAUGGUGGGCUUGCUCCACAUCGGCCUGGGAACCAUCCUCCUGUGCACGGGACCUGCCUCCUGGUGGCAGAUGGAGGAAACUGCAUUCCCUGAGUGGCUGGGAGGAUUGUUCAUCUUAUUCGGCAUCGUCUGCAUUUUGUCCGAGAAGUACCCGAGUCCAUGUCUGGUGACUGUCAACGUGAUGUUGAACAUGCUGGGCACGGCCUUUGCCAUCACUGCCAUCGUACUCUACAGCCUCAACGUGGCAAACAUCAACUUGUGGCGCUGGUGUGACCCUGACCAGGACCAGUAUGACUGGGGGAGAAGACCCACCCCCAAGUCCACCUUGAGCCCCAGUGAUGAGCUAAUGAAGGAGCGAUGCUUGGAGGGGAAAUAUCUAUUUGUGAUGCUGGUGAGAGGCAUCCACGGGGUCCUGAUAGUGCUGGCUGUCCUGGAGCUCUGCCUGACCAUAAGCUGCUGUGUGUUGUCCAUCAAGGCUCUCAAGCGCAACAACCAGCCCAUGAAGAGCCAGGAUGCUGAGAAGUACAGCCCACUUCUGGAGGAAGACCCCCCUCAUGCCUGAGGACAUCUUCUUCCUUGUAGUCACUCAGCAACUUCCUGCAUGCCAGCUCCAGUUCUUCAUUUCCUAAAGUCCCUUUAAACAUAGCACCUUCACCAACUUCUAGCAACUUCCUGCCUGCCAGCUCCAGUUCUUCAUUUCCUAAAGUCCCUUUAAACAUAGCACCUUCACCAACUUCUAGCAACUUCCUGCUUGUCAGCUCUAGUUCUUCAUUUCCUAAAGUCACUGGCUGUCAUUGGCUGUUUGAAGUUUUUUUUUUUAUGGGCUGCGAUCAAUCAAUCAAUCAAUCAAUCAAUCAAUCAAUCAAUCAAAAAAGAAAGCAUGAAAAGUGCAAGAAAAGAGGUGUGGUGUAAGGAGAAAGUGUUGCAAUAUUGACACUGAGGUUGCUGUGAAUGAUGUGUUCAAUGUUGCUGUGAAUGAUGUGUUCAAUGUUGCUGGGAAUGAUGUGUUCAAUGUUGCUGUGAAUGAUGUGUUCAA